UGAGUCACCGCCUAUACUAUUGUACAAGUAAAAGUGGAAUCAGACCAGUCUGAAAGCUCACAUAGACCAGGAAGACGUCUUUUUAAAACAAGUGCAGAAUUUAAUUACUACGGAUCCAGAGGAUCAGAGAAGGGAAGAAACAGGACGAGUUUUGAAAAAGAGAAGAGUAAAAGGAGAAGGAAAGAAGACAUAGUUGAAUCUUUAUCAUCACAACUACGAGGCAGAAGGAACAACAUGGAUACACCUACUGAAUUUGCAGGUGAAUCAAGCAGCCUCCUGACUGAAGAGCAGUUACAGUGUUCUAUCUGUCUGGAAGUGUUCACCGAUCCAGUCACCACUACAUGUGGACACAACUUCUGCAACAGCUGCCUCACACAAAGCUGGGAUACACGUCAACAUUAUUAUUGUCCAUAUUGCAAAGAGAAAUUCACCAAGAGACCUGAAAUCAAGAUUAAUAUAACACUGAGAGAGGUUGCAGAUCACUUCAAGAAGAAAACAGUCUCAGAUAAGUCUCAGGUUCUUUGUGACUUCUGCACUGAUGUGAAGCAGGAGGCCUUGAAAUCCUGUCUGGAUUGUGGUGUGACUCUCUGUUCAUCUCAUUUAGAGUCUCAUAAUAAUGUUCCAAAAUAUAAGAAACACAAAGUAAUAAAUGCAGUGGGGAACCUGGAGAAAUACAUUUGCCAGGAGCAUGAGAGACCUCUGGAGCUCUUCUGUAGAGACGAUCAGAAGUGUGUGUGUCAGUUCUGUACUGUGACAGACCACAAGAAUCACAACGUAAUUCCAUUGGAGGAGGAGAGUGGACAGAGGAAGAGUCAGCUGGGGAAAACACAGACGGAGCUGCAGCAGAUGAUCCAGGAGCGACUGAAGAAGAUCCAGGAGAUUAAUCACUCAGUAGAGCUCAGCAAAAGAAACACAGAGAAGGAGAAAUCAGACAGUAUUGAAGUCUUCACAGCUCUGAUUCGCUCCAUUGAGAGGAGUCAGGCUGAGCUGCUGGAGGUGAUGGAGGAGAAGCAGAAAGCAGCAGAGAAGCAGGCUGAAGGACUCAUUAAAGAGCUGGAAGAGGAAAUCGAUGAGCUAAAGAGGAGAGACACUGAGCUGGAGCAGCUCUCACACACUGACGAUCAUCUCCACCUCCUACAGAUUUAUCCGUCACUGUGCAUCGCUCCACACACCAAGAACUGGACUGAGAUCAGGAUUAACACGGAACUGAGUGUGGAAGCUCUGAGGACGGCUCUGUCUCAGCUUCAGAAGACUCUGAAUGAGAAACUCAGUGUAACUCUGAAUGAGAAGCUGAAGGAAAAAGUCUCCACAGAACUGAAGAGGAUUCAGCAGUAUGCAGUGGAUGUGACUCUGGAUACUGAUACAGCUAAUCUCUAUCUCAUCCUGUCUGAUGAUGGAAAACAAGUGACGUGUGGAGACACAAAGCAGAAUCUCCCAGACACCCCGAAAAGAUUCACUUUUUAUGCAAAUGUCCUGGGAAAACAGGGUUUCUCCUCAGGGAGAUUUUACUAUGAGGUGCAGGUCAGUGGGAAGACUGAGUGGAGUUUAGGAGUGGUCAGAGAGUCUGUUAACAGGAAGGGGAAAUUUGAGACAUUUAAACCUCAGGAUGGAUUCUGGACCGUGGUUCUGAGGAACGGGAAUGAGUAUACUGCUCGUGAUGAUCCCUGUAUCUCCCUCUCCCUGAGAGAGAAACCCCAGAAGGUGGGCGUGUUUGUGGUUUAUGAUGAGGGUCUGGUCUCCUUUUAUGACAUCGAGGUCAUGUCUCAUAUCUACUCUUUCACUGGUCAGUCUUUCACUGAGAAACUCUAUCCAUACUUCAGUCCUUGUUUGAAUGAUGGAGGUAAAAACUCAGCACCACUGAUCAUCUCUCGUGCGUAAAAUUUACCCCUGACAAAAUCAGUAGUGUAUGAAAAGUCCAGAGUGAAAGAUAUUUUUUUCAAAACAGAUAUCACUACAUGAGUAAUGAUCAUGAAUUUUAAAGUCAUGUUAGGGUCAUCUGGAGUGCAUUGUGCAGGUGUAUUAAAAAUGGAACAAUGUAUAAUAAACCUUGAAUUCACCUUUUUGGUAGAGAAAUAAUUUAAUAAAAAAGCAUUAUUUUGUUA